UCCACCCCCACCAUCCAGCCCCUCCCCUCCGCUCUUUCCGUCUGUAUCUCCUUCUUUCUCUCUCUGGAACACAUGAGAUUCUCCUCCCGAAACCUGAACCGCAGCAGCAGAGGCAGAGGCAUCGACCCCCCUCCCCACACGCACGCACAACAUGGCUACAAUUGUAAUCUCGACCAGGUUUACGGACGAGUAUCAGCUUUACGAAGAGCUGGGAAAGGGUGCCUUCUCCGUGGUGCGGAAAUGUGUGAAAAAAUCCACUGGCCAGGAAUAUGCUGCUAAAAUUAUUAACACAAAGAAACUGUCAGCAAGAGAUCAUCAGAAACUGGAACGUGAGGCCCGAAUCUGUCGUCUACUCAAACACCCCAAUAUUGUUCGGCUCCAUGACAGUAUCUCAGAAGAAGGUUUCCAUUACCUGGUCUUUGACCUGUUUUUCAGCCAAUGCAUCAAUCAGAUCCUGGAGAGUGUCAAUCAUAUUCACCAGCAUGACAUCGUGCACAGAGACCUUAAGCCCGAGAACUUGCUGUUGGCCAGUAAGAUGAAAGGAGCGGCAGUGAAACUGGCUGAUUUUGGGCUGGCCAUCGAGGUGCAGGGAGAUCAGCAGGCCUGGUUUGGUUUUGCUGGCACACCUGGCUACCUGUCUCCAGAGGUGUUGCGGAAGGAUCCCUACGGCAAACCUGUGGACAUCUGGGCCUGUGGUGUAAUCUUGUACAUUCUGUUAGUGGGCUAUCCUCCAUUUUGGGAUGAAGAUCAACACAAGUUAUACCAGCAGAUCAAGGCGGGAGCUUAUGAUUUUCCUUCUCCGGAGUGGGACACGGUCACCCCCGAGGCCAAGAACCUCAUCAACCAAAUGCUGACCAUCAACCCAGCUAAGAGAAUCACCUCAGAGCAGGCCCUCAAGCACCCAUGGGUCUGCCAACGGUCCACAGUGGCAUCCAUGAUGCAUCGCCAAGAGACCGUGGAGUGCUUGCGCAAGUUCAAUGCUCGCAGAAAACUCAAGGGAGCCAUUCUCACUACUAUGCUGGUUUCUAGAAACUUCUCAGUGGGCCGGCAGCAUACCAGCCCUGCUGCUCCCACCACAAGCACUGCUGCCCUUGCACAGGAAGCAUGCAAAAGUUUACUCAACAAAAAGGCAGAUGGAGUCAAGCCCCAGACAAACAACACUAAAAACAGUGUAGUGAGCGCUGUAGUGAACGCCAUGAAAGAAAGCAACACGACCGCUUCUACACCGAUGGAGCCACAAACAACAGUUGUGCACAACCCUGUCGAUGGACCCAAGGGCUCCACAGAGAGCUGUAACACCAAUGAGGAAGAGGAUAUGAAAGGUAGGAAAGCCGAGAGUGCGCAGGGAGCGAGCAGUGACAGUGCCGUGAUGAGUCAGUGCAGUGCCGGGGAAGAGCUGCCCGCUCUGGUGGCUUCACCACAGGGCUCUCCUGCCACUCGUAAGCAGGAGAUUAUAAAGAUCACGGAGCAGUUGAUCGAGGCUGUCAACAAUGGAGAUUUUGAAGCAUACACAAGAAUCUGUGACCCUGGUCUGACCUCUUUUGAGCCUGAAGCUCUGGGGAACCUGGUCGAGGGCAUGGACUUCCACAAGUUCUACUUUGAGCACUUGUUGAGUAAGAACAACAAGCCUGUGCACACCACUAUCCUCAAUCCUCAUGUUCAUCUCAUCGGGGAGGAUGCUGCCUGCAUUGCGUAUAUCCGGCUGACACAGUACAUCGACAGCCAGGGCCGCCCACGUAGCUGCCAGUCGGAGGAGACGCGCGUGUGGCACCGCCGUGAUGCCAAGUGGCUUAACGUCCACUUCCACUGCUCAGGGGCUCCAGCCGCCCCCUUACAGUGAACCGCGCAGGACAGCUUACCUGGAUUCUCAAGAUAAUGGGAACGUUUCUUCUUUGUGGCUGGACGGGCACGUGAAGGCCAGCUGGAUGACAGCUCUUAAAGUUACAGACACACCAGUGAGGAACUCUGACAAUAUCCAGUUCAACUGUCAACACCACCUAUCCUGUCCAAUCUUUGACCAACGGGAGCUGGCCGCGGCUGUGGCCCCGCCCAAGGGACGGUGCAUGUAUCUGACGCCCACAUGGGGGUGCUCUUUUGUCUUUUUCCCCACGGAACCAUCUUCUUUUGCCCGUUAAAGAUGUUCAGAAGGUGUUGUAAGUACUGAUCUAUGAAUUCAUAAAUAUACUGUAUAUUGUAAAAAUCACUAGCUGAACCAGAAGCUACAAUCAAGUUUGAAAAGCAUUUAUGUAGGUAAACCAAGGUGGGAGUUGGGAGGGUGGGGGGUGGGGGCUUCAACUUAAAGAAAAAAUCACAAAAUGGACUUGCGCCCAAAGAAUGCUGAAGUUUACAGGUUUGUCAUCAGUCCUUCUUGUAUACUUUGCAAAUUUUUGGACACAAAAUCAAUUAUGGGAAGGGGUCGACUAAUCCGAGAGCAAGGCAGUGAAAAUGUUCAUUAGUUCUUUAUAUCAAAAAAAGAACCAAAGUGUAGUUUUUAGUCUUUUUAAGGAGUGUUUCUGUUUGGUGUUGGCUUUUUAUGUAACCCGGGUCUAAGAGAAGGUUUGUGCGGCCCAGGUUUUAGUAAUCUCUUGUGUUAAUGUGGAACUCUUCAUUUUCCUUCGUUUUUUUCUUUUCUUUUCUUGGACUGACAUAACACAAGUAUUUUGUGUUCAGUUUGAAUUUUUAAGACUAUUUUAGUUUUUAAGUUAAUCUAAAUAAACAUGUAAAGUUAUACAGAGAUAUUUAAAGGAGAUAUAAACUCUCACCAUCCAGGUUUAGGGGAAGAUGUGGUUCCUGACCGCGCUCGAUAUGUUUGUGUGGGUGCGUGUGCGCGAUCGGAACUUGUAUAAAUUGUAUCCCUCAUUUAGAUUUCAUAUAAGGAAAGCCCAAGUGAACAGCACACAACUGAACACCGAGCACUAGAUUCGCUCUUACUGUUUUGUUAGCGAUGUAGACAAACCACUGCAGGACGUACUGUGAUAGUCAGACAUGAACUUAACUCCAGUUUCCGAACUCAGUGACUAAAUCUGAGCUCAAAGGAGGACUAGUCAUUUUUACAAACUAUAUCAUGGUGAAAAUAGCUUCAGUAGACUGGUAUGUUGUGAUAAAGUCUCCUUUAAAACUCGCCGUCCUUUCUUACACCCACACAGCUGCAUUGUAAAAGUACUCAGUUGUUUUAGUAACGUUGGACGUGUCGAGCUCACCCUGUUCUCAGUGUUGUCGUAGUCGUGGUUCAUGUCGGUGACGGGGGGUGAACAUGCUCUGUAAAUACAUGUCGUUUAGUUCAUCCGAUCACAAGAAGCGCGUGGAGAAAAUCCAAACACGUUGCUGUAGUUCUGUUGUUUAAAAUCACGGUUUUAAUGUUUGUACGAUUACAAGUCACAGUGGUUCGUUACAUUCACCACCAACUAUAUUGCGCAGGUUUUUUGGCACUGACUAUUUAAACUCAGUUUUAAUGUUACUUAGAAGUGAGGGUUUGAUUGUCACGAGUGAUUAAUCUCUUAAGUUCAUCUGUAGUUGCACGAAUGCUUUUCGUCACUGCUAUGGUUUUGUCUUUAGAUAGAUUUUAGUAUAGUUUCGUUUGAGGUAAUAUAUUACGUGUGGAAAAAACACCCCGCCUCCUUAGAACACAUCAGUCUUUUGUAUGGGUCUGUUAAUACAUGUAGUGUUGGCACACCCUCAUCGUGUGCUGCUGGGCUUUGUGACAUAUCAGGACUAUACCUCCGCAUGUGUGUAUGUGUGCGCGCGUUUAUCACCUUUACAACAAUGGUAGUGAUGCUGUCAGGUUAUAUGUGACGAUGCUGUUUUCACGGCCGUUUUGUGUCUCGUGCUUGUUUCUUGUGUUUUUUUUUAUAUCGCUGUUUUCUUUUUCCUUUGUUUGUGCUAUGGGGAACUGCUGCCUUGCCUGGCCAAACUAGAUUACACUUUUUAUUAUUUUAAUUUUUACUUAAAUACAUCCUUUUACAUGAUUAACAUCUUCAGCUUCAUGAAAAUGAAAAGAUUGCUACGAGAAGUCACUAGCUGGUAGAUUUAGAUUUAGUGAAAUAAAUAUCCAACCCCUGAAAGCUCGGUCUGAAUCCUGGGCCAGACGGCGAGUAUGAGUCUUCUGGCCCACCCGUCCAAUGACAGGAGAAAUCAAACACGCAGUUUAAAUAAACCGGCGAAUAUGCAUGUAUACUUUCCUUGGUAUAUUUUUUUCCACUGUCUGUGUUUACUUAAUAAAAAAAGGGAAAAAAGUCUCAUAGUAUUUGCAUCUCGACAUGAAAAUCUCUCCAUUGGGAAUUAUAAGUGAUGUACCAUAU